UUUUGCAAAUUAUUCGCCGAUGGAAAAAGUCCAGCAUUUUCACAUGGGAGACCAGCCGUGUCGAAGGGCAGCAAAGCACGGCGGUGGCUUAGUGAUGCUGGUGGGCCGCGACGCCUCCUCCGGAUCUGGAGGGCGAUAUGGAUCCCAUCCUGGGACGGAACGUCACGUCGUCAGAGUCUGGGAAGAUGAGAUCAAAGUUAGAGAUGAUGGCCUCCAUACAGUCAAAGCCACGUGUACGCUGCGCGUCACCAUCAUCACCGACGACAUGCUGACCAACAGCAUCACAGUGCGCCUGGAGAACAUGUCGCAGGAGCGCUUCCUGUCUCCCCUCCUCAGCCUCUUCCUGGAAGGAGUGGCGGCUGUUCUGUCCACCAAGCGGGAAGCCGUGUUCGUGUUCAACAUCCAGAACGACACCGACGUGCAGGGCUCCAUCCUGAACGUCACCUUUUCGGCGCUCCAGCCCGGAGGCACGCCCGGUAAAGGGUUGUUCUUCCCCUCUGAGGACCUCCAGGAGCAGAUCUACCUGAACAGGACGCUGCUGAGGCUGAUUUCCUCUCAGGAGGUGUUGCCGUUUGAUGACAACAUCUGUCUGCGGGAGCCCUGCGAGAACUACAUGAAGUGCGUCUCGGUGCUGAAGUUCGACAGCUCGCCGCCGUUCAUCGCCUCCAACACGGUUCUUUUCCGUCCCAUCCAUCCCAUCAAUGGGCUCCGGUGCCGCUGCCCGGUGGGCUUCACCGGGGAAUACUGCGAAACUGAGAUUGACCUUUGCUACUCGGGGCCGUGCAAGAACAACGGAAGGUGCCGCAGCCGAGAGGGCGGGUACACCUGCGAGUGCCUGGAAGACUUCACAGGCGAGCAUUGUGAGGUGAAUGCGUCUUCGGGCCGCUGUGUUCCCGGUGUAUGUAAGAACGGUGGGAAAUGCGUCAACCGGCUUGCUGGAGGUUUCAUGUGCGAGUGUCCGCCAGGGGAGUUCGAGAAGCCUUACUGUGAAAUGACCACCCGCAGCUUCCCCGGCCAGUCGUUCGUAACAUUCAGGGGUCUCCGACAAAGGUUCCACUUCACCGUUUCCUUCAUGUUUGCUACCCGAGAAAGAAAUGCUCUGCUUCUCUACAACGGCAGGUUCAAUGAGAAGCAUGACUUCAUCGCCCUGGAGAUCAUUGACGAACAGAUUCAUCUUACCUUCUCUGGAGGUGAAACAAAAACCACGGUGUCUCCCUACAUCCCCGGUGGAGUCAGCGACGGUCAAUGGCACUCUGUCCAGCUCCAUUACUACAACAAGGAAGGGUGGGGUCUGGCGGACUCCAGAGGGGGUCUGCAUAUCCCGCUUUAUACUGCCUGGCUGGAGUUCAUUCAUAAAGAGGCUAACAUCAGGCGCCCUCAUGGACCCUCUGCAGAAAAGGUGGCAGUGGUCGCCGUGGAUGACUGCGACAUCUCCAUGGCAAUCCGCUUCGGGAAGAAGAUCAGUAACUACUCGUGCGCCGCCCAGGGCACCCAGACCGGACUGAAGAAAUCGUUGGACUUGACGGGUCCGCUGUUGCUAGGCGGAGUUCCCAAUUUGCCCGAAGCCUUCCCGGUCAGGAACCGAAACUUCGUGGGCUGCAUGAGAAACCUAACAAUCGACAGCAAACCCAUCGAUAUGGCCAGCUACAUCGCCAACAACGGCACCGCUGCAGGUUGUCCAGCCAAAAAGAACUUCUGCACAAAUGACAUGUGUCUGAACGGGGGCGUGUGUGUCAGCAGGUGGAACACCUACAGCUGCGACUGCCCUACUGGUUAUGGGGGCAAAAACUGCGAACAAGAGAUGCCUUCGCCUCAGUUCUUUGACGGCCAGGCGUUGGUGUCCUGGAGCGACACGGACAUCACCGUCGCUGUACCCUGGUACGUGGGUCUCAUGUUCCGGACCCGGCAGCCAGCUGGGACUCUGAUGCAGGUCAACGCCGGAUCAUCCUCGACUAUAAAUCUCAUGUUGAGAGAGCAGCAGAUCCGUAUGGAAGUGCUGCUGAGGGAGCAGCUGUUGGCGUCGCUGGGCUUCCAGCAGGUCCGCGUCAGCGACGGGGAGUGGCACCACUUGCUGGUCGAACUGAAAAGCAUUAAAGAUGGCAAAGAGAUUAAAUACAUGGCGACUGUUUCCUUGGAUUACGGCAUGUACCAGAAGUCUGUGGAGAUCGGCAAUGACCUCCCAGGUCUGAAGGUGCGGACUCUUCACGUUGGAGGCCUGCCCGGAGAGGGAAAUGUUGUUAACAAAGGAUUCGUUGGCUGCAUACAGGGUGUCCGGGCGGGGGAGACGGCCACCAAUGUGGCCAACGUGAACAUGGCUCAGGGCCUGAAAAUCCACGUGGAGGACGGUUGUGAUCUGGCGGACCCUUGCGACUCCAACAUCUGCCCUAGAAACAGCCACUGCAGCGACGACUGGAGCACACACACCUGCGUCUGUGACCCAGGUUACUUUGGUAAGGAAUGCGUGGACGCUUGUCAGCUCAAUCCCUGUGAGCACAUCUCCAGUUGCGUCCGCAAGCCCAGUUCGUCCCACGGGUACACCUGCGAAUGUGGACAGAACUACUACGGCCAGUACUGCGAAAACAAAGUGGAGAAGCCGUGUCCUCCGGGUUGGUGGGGCAGCCCAGUGUGUGGGCCCUGUGACUGUGAUACAAGCAAAGGAUUUUAUAAAGACUGCAACAAAACCACUGGAGAGUGUCGCUGCAAGGACAACUACUAUCGUCCUGAGGGCGAGGACACCUGCUACCCCUGUGACUGUUUCCCCAUCGGCUCCGAGUCUCGAACCUGCGACCCGGUCACCGGCCAGUGCCCCUGCAAGGGAGGCGUCAUCGGCAAUCAGUGCAACCGCUGCGAUAACCCCUUUGCUGAAGUGACGCCCACUGGAUGUGAAGUUGUGUAUGAAGGCUGCCCAAAGGCGUUUGACGCUGGCAUCUGGUGGCCAAAGACCAAAUUCGGACGCCCUGCUGCCAUGGGGUGCCCCAAAGGAUCCAGUGGUACUGCAAUUCGCCACUGCAGCGACGAGAAGGGCUGGUUGUCUCCUGAACUUUUCAACUGCACCACAGCAACUUUCUCCAAUUUGAAGAAAAUGAACGAGGAGCUGCGCCGCAACAGCUCCCGGAUGAACAGCGAACAGUCCAAGACCAUCGUGCGCUUGCUGCACAGCGCCACGAACAGGAAGUCGCACUUCUACGGCAACGACGUCAAGAUGGCUUCCCAGCUGCUGAACCACGUGCUGAAGUACGAGAGCCAGCAGUCCGGCUUCGAUCUGACCGCCAUGAAGGACGCAGAGUUCAACGAGAACUUGGUGCGAGCUGGCAGUGCCAUUCUGGACCCCGGCACCAAAGACCACUGGGAGCAAAUCCAGAGGACAGAAGGCGGCACCGCACACCUGCUUCGCAACUUUGAGGACUAUGCCAACACGUUGGCCCAAAACGUCAGGAAGACCUACCUCAAACCCUUCACCAUUGUCACUGAAAACAUGAUCUUAACUGUGGACUACUUGGAUGUGUCAGACCCAGAGAAGGCAACAUUACCUCGCUUUAAGGACAUCCAAGAGUCCUACCCCAGAGAACUCGGGUCUUCUGUCCACUUUCCACUUUUUAACUUGCGAGAUCGUGUCCACAAAGAGGAGCCAACUCCAGAACCUCCGACCCAGACCGACCAUCCUGAGGAAGAGGAACACACGAUGUCUGACAGAAAACGGCGCCACCUUGAGCCGCCUGCACCUAAGCCGGUUGCCGUGGUCAUAGUGUACAAGUCGCUGGGCCAGCUCCUCCCGGAAAGAUACGAUUCUGACAGGAGGAUUCUGAGGCUCCCCAACCGUCCAGUGAUCAACACAGCAAUCGUGAGCGCCACCGUCCACAGCGAGGGUCCACCCCUUCCUCCAAUCCUGGACCCUCCCAUCACCUUGGAGUACACCCUACUGGAAACGGAGGAGCGGACCAAACCCGUCUGUGUUUUCUGGGACCACUCCUCCUCUUCAAACGGAAACAAAGGCGGUUGGUCCUCCAGAGGCUGCGAAGUGCUCAACCGGAACAACAGCCACAUCAGCUGCCAGUGCAACCACAUGACCAGCUUCGCCGUGCUGAUGGACAUUUCGAAGAGAGAGCACGGCGAUGUCCUCCCGCUGAAGAUCGUCACUUACGCCACGGUGUCCGUCUCUCUGUUCCUCCUCCUCCUCACCUUCGUCCUGUUGUGCCUCCUGCACCGGCUGCGCUCCAACCUGCACGCCAUCCACAGGAACCUGGUGGCGACGCUCUUCUUCUGCGAGCUGGUCUUCCUACUCGGCAUCAAUCAGACGGACAACAUGUUUGUGUGUACGGUGAUAGCCAUCCUCCUCCACUAUUUCUACAUGUGCACGUUCGCCUGGAUGUUUGUGGAGGGACUGCACAUCUACCGCAUGCUGACCGAGCUGCGGAACAUCAACCACGGCCACAUGCGGUUCUACUACGCCAUCGGCUGGGGCAUACCGGCCAUCAUCACCGGUUUGGCAGUCGGCCUCGAUCCUCAAGGUUAUGGAAAUCCAGAUUUCUGCUGGCUCUCUGUGCACGACACGCUCAUCUGGAGCUUCGCAGGACCCAUCUUUGUGGUUGUUCUCGUGAACAUAGUGAUCUUCAUUUUAGCAGCGAAGGCUUCCUGUGGUCGCAGGCAGAAGGUUGUGGAGAAGUCAGGAGCUAUUCCUGCGCUGCGCAUGGCCUUCCUCCUCCUGCUGCUCAUCAGCGCCACCUGGCUGCUCGGUCUCAUGGCGGUCAACAGCGACGUAAUGACUUUCCACUACCUGUUUGCCAUCUUCAGCUGCUUGCAGGGAGUCUUCAUCUUCUUCUUCCAUGUGAUCUUCAACAAAGAGGCGAGAAAAAACCUCAAGAACGUCUUCACAGGUAAAAAGACGGUACAGGACGACUCCAGCACCACGAGGGCCUCCUUACUCACUCGGUCUCUGAACUGCAACACAUACGCAGAAGACGGGCCGCCGCUGUAUCGCACAGCCAUCGGCGAGUCCAACGUCUCCCUGGACAGUACGCUCAGGUCAGGCAAGAGCCGCAGCAGCAGCUACCUGGCUUAUGCACUCAGGGAAGAGUCGGGUCAGAAGCCCAGCUCCUCAGGAACAGCUAAAGGACACACAGAUCUGGAUGGACCUCUCUUCCACCGAAAUGGCACCAAAGGAGACGACUCUGACUCAGACAGCGAGUUGUCUGUGGAUGAGCACAGCUCCUCCUACGCCUCCUCCCACUCCUCUGACAGCGAAGACGACGAUUUGGAUGUCAAGCCUAAAUGGAACAACGAGAGGCCCCUUCACAGCACUCCAAAAGGUGACUCUGUGUCCAACCACGUGAGACCUUACUGGCCAACCGAUGGCACCACAGCCAGUGACAGCGAGGACCUGAGUGUGACAGACCGGCUCAGGGUGGAGACCAAGGUCAACGUGGAACUGCAUCCGGAAAAUAAACUCAACCACGUUGGUGAGAGUGAGAGGGAAGCUCCCCCGGAGAAAGACAAGCCGCCGCCCGGUAACGCCAAAGACGCGCCGCCUCCCAGCCAACCCAUCAGCAACAGCAACCACCAGCCAGAGCAGAGGAAAGGCAUCUUAAAGAACAAAAUCAGCUACCCUCCUCCGCUGACGGACAAGAAUAUGAAGAAUCGUCUAAGGGAGAAGCUGAGCGACUACAACUCCCUAACCAUCACCUCUCCUCCGCCCAUCAACAACAACCACACAUCCGCCCCGCCUCCGUCGUCCGUCAACAUCAUAAGCCCUAUGUCCAGGCCGUCGUCGCAGGCCUCCACCGACGGAGGGGGUCGCCUCGGCAACCACGACCACGGCUCUCUGGUGAAACCGCCCGUCGCACCCCGUCCUCAGAUUACCGUCGCGCCGCCACCGGGGGGCGUCUACCGGGAGACCAACGGCGGAGUGGCAAUGCACUUAAAGUCGGGGACGGUGAACGGAGGAAAUGACUCCGACUCAGAGCAAUUCCAGACCAGCCCGCCCUUGUGAGAGGAGGAGCCAGUCAGUGGGGAAGAGAAGAAGAUAUGAAAGUGAGAUGAACACGGAGGGGGUAGAACUUUGGUAAAGGUCCACACACCCCCUGUCAUGUUUUAGCGAGCAGUAUUAACGGCAGACUUUAGGACUACCUGAGACAAGGAUGCGAGAACGAAUAAAGGGAAUGCUUCACCGGAGACACGUGUGCCAAAAACGACUAAAACGAAGGCCUUACGACGAGCUGAAGACUCUCCAGGACAGCUUCUAAUAUCUGCCUGAGAACGUCUGAUAAAUGAUCUCAAGCUGGUACAUGUGUAGUCCAAAAAGGAUUUCAAAGACUGCAGCCUCUUCAAGCAUCACUAACAGACAGCUGAGUCCAAUGGCGGAGGACAUGCGCACCAAGAACUGCUUUCAUUUCAGCUCGGAGGUUUCUACAGAAACCUCUCGGUGCGGUGCAUUUAGAGUGUAAUUAUUGUGUAGAUAUUGUUUUUUUAAGUGAAGAAGAAGAAAUAAUGUAUUUUCUAUUUCAGCUGAAGCAGAGAACAAGUUUGUAAACUAAAAAAAGAAAAAAAAAAUGUCUUGAAAAAUAUUUUGAAGACUGUUUGAUUGUGCCUUUAUUUAGGACAGAGGCCUUAUUCACUCACACCUUAUAGGCUUUCAUGGUGUAGUAAGAUGUAGCCUGGCUGAGAAAGCAGUGGAUAAAUAUUAUUAUUUUAUUUUUUACAAUGAAGCAGAAACCUGCCAUCUGUUGGGACCUUCCCCGUUUGAUCGAUCGACGAUACAAGCUCCUUGCUACCGAAGUUACCAGCCACAGUAACAAAACAUCGUUAAGGAUCCCGUAGCUUCAGGUUUUUGUCCGUUUCAUUCCAAAAAAAGAAAUCAAAUCUUUUAUAUGCAUCAUCUUUAAAAAAAAAAAAAAAGUUUUCCCAGAACUAGCGGCCUUUAUUUACAUCAGAUCCAACCAUCCCAGCAAGGACUAGUAGUCUCCAUAUAUGUGGCGGAUGCUCUACCUCUACACCACGCACCGCCUCAUAUUCAUCAACUUUUAAAAAAUUGAUAUCCUUUUUUUUUUUUUUUCAAAAUAAAGCGACCUAAAUCUCGACGUAUUUCGCAGCUAAAGCUAAACACUGGGGCGACGCAUCCAGCCAGUUUACCGCUCGCCUUUUUGCAGCUCACACUCCCAAUGUUUUACACUGCUGUUGUCCUUUUGCUUUUGUAUGAUCCGAAACACUGGAGAUUGUUUUGUAAGAUGAUGUAUAUUUAUUUUUUCAUGUUUUUAAACACUGGAGGAAAAAAAAAAAAAGAAAAGAAAAGAAACAACAGAUGAUUGUGAUUGUAAAAUUAAAAUCGUCCUUACCAAUUUUUAA